AUGCCAGACUCGAAGGCACAGAGGCCGCCCCUCCCUCUGUUUGCCACCCCCAAAUCGGCCGAUACGCCGCUCUUGCUGCUUCCUGGUCCCGAUCUACGCAAUGCCAUCACGCUUCCUAACUCUCCACUCCGAAUCGUGGAAAACUCCAAGCCCAAACACAAGUCCAAGGUCGAGGUGGCGCCCGAUCGUCAGGCUCAAAUAGCUCGCAUUAAAUCCCUCGGCAAAAUGGACAUCCGGUCGCCGGUGCUCCCCAAACAACCAGGAUCCUUUGGACUCUCUCCACAUGUUACUCGAGACGACCAAAUCUCGCUCUACACUACUCGAACCAACCGCACCAUUGCGCUGCGGCUUUUAUCGUUUGUGCCUACGUCUGCUCGUGCUGCACGCACCUACUAUGACGAUUUCACGACCAUCGACUGGGCAAACGCAUACAUGCUGUCCAAUAAGUUCGCGUACGAGGUGCAUCAUGGAAUCCAUGCCGACGUGGAGAAGCAUCCGGAUUUAGAUUCGGAUGAAGAUGGUCCUAGAUCAUUUCUGUUCCUACAAAGAGCAUAUUAUGAUCUUUCCAAAUGGCUCUUGAUUGUGGUGGUUGCAUUUUUCUUCUCCAUCAUCGCCUACACCAUCGACAAGUUCGAGAUCAUGUUGGUUGGAUUGAAAUAUGGCUAUUGUAGAACAAACUGGUUUGCUAGCAUGGUGACUUGCUGUGCUAAGACGGCCAAAACCAAACUGGUUGGUUCCCGAAUGUCCUCGCGUGUCUCUGCUUUUGCAACUGAUGAGUGUCCAGAUUGGAUCUCAUGGUCCUCAUACUUUGAUAGCAACAUUCAUGUUCAUUUCCGCGUGGAUUACUUCAUCUACGUAGUGCUUACAGUGCUGUUAGCGCUCAUGGCGGGCCGCAUUACCCUCACUACCAAGAUUCCAUCCAGGUUCCCUGCUGUGAAACGCAAGGUAUUCGAACUGAUGAACAACGAUGACGGAUCUCUCGAGUCUGACGAAGAAGACUUCUCCUCGCCAAAUGAAUCGACAUCCUCACCAAAUGAAUCAGCUUCUUCCCCUGAAGAAACAGAAACAGAAACUACCACGUUGCAACCGCAGCAGAAGCCAUUAGUAUUAUUCACUGCUGCAGGUUCCGGCGUUCCUGAGGUAAAAACAAUCUUGUCUGGGUUUGUCUUGCGGCGCUUUUUGGGAACAUACACCUUAUUUGCCAAGACAGCAGCAUUGAUUCUUGCCAUUGCCUCAGGUAUGGCACUUGGCAAAGAGGGCCCCUAUGUCCAUUUAGCCACCUGUGUGGGAAACAUUUGUACCAGAUGGUUUCCCUAUAUCAACAACAACGAGUAUCUCAAGAAGGAGAUUUUGUCUGCUAGUGCAUCCUCCGGUGUUGCGUUGGCGUUCGGCUCUCCUUUGGGUGGCGUCUUGUUUAUCUUGGAGGAAAUCAACAACUACCUUCCCUCCAAUCAAUUGUUUCUUAUCUUUUUUUGUGCAAUCACCUCCACGCUUUUCUUGAAGUUCUUGAAUCCAUACGGAACGAAUAAGACGGUGCUUUUUGAGUUGAACUACACCCUGGACUGGCGUAUCGGUGAGCUUCCGUUCUUCGUAAUCAUUGGCAUAGCUGGAGGCAUUUUUGGUGCUGCGUUCAUUAAGUUCACCAAAUGGUGGCCCAAAUUUUUCCGCCAAAGAAAACUCAUCAAGGAUCACCCCUUGGUUGAGAUUGCAUGUGUCAGUUUACUCACAGGUUUAGUAACCUUCUGGAAUCCAUACACCAAACAGAACGCUGCCGAGUUGGUUCUUGACUUAGCAACUUCGUGCACAGCAAGUGAGAUGGACGGCUCCUUGUGUCCACAAGACAAUGGUCAGUUUCUCCUGGAAAUUUAUCGUCUUUUCAUUGCAUUAGUGAUCAAAAUCGUGCUCACCUUCAUUACUUUUGGAAUCAAGGUGCCCUGUGGCAUCUAUGUACCUUCGAUGGUCGCUGGGGCACUCUUCGGAAGAUUGUUUGCUAUGAUUAUCAGAUUAAUUGGUAAUGAGUUCAAAAACAACCCAUCUCUGGCUGUUAUCUGCUCAAGUGAGUCCACACUGUGUGUUGAUCUCGGCAUUUAUUCCAUGAUAAGUGCUGGCGCUUUCAUGGCUGGAGUGACCCGCAUGAAUAUCACUUUGGCGACUAUCUUGUUUGAACUCACAAGCUCGUACACCUACGUAUUGCCAAUUGCUAUUGCUAUCGCUGUGGCCAACUGGAUGGGUAGACUUCUUGAAGAGAACUCCUUGUACGAAUGCUUGUUGAUUGCCAACGACUAUCCAUUCAUGUCACCAGAGAAGGAUGCUGUGGACCCUUUCACCACAGCAAAAGACCUUCUUUCCAAGCCAACUUCCUUUUCGGACAGAACAUCCCCGAAAGAGAGUUUGGCAUCGUCACAGCUGAAUAUGCGGCCUGAACGCCUUGAUAGUCUUGAGCAAAUGCAAGCUACUGCUGCUGAUGUCCUUGGGCAACGAACUCCUGAUUUUGAUAGACUCUACAUUGACAUAUCACAUUCCCCAUAUGUCUCAUGCUCUAAACUCCAAGGAAAGCUUAGGCUUUUAGCCAAACACUCAUUACUUGAUGGAUGUAUUGCAUUAGUGAGAAACUCUAUUUGUGUGGGUACCAUUUACUUUUCAAAUCUCGAGUUCUGCCUCGAUAAGGUUCAGCUGUUCUCACUCGAAUGUGACUUGAACGAAGAACUCUAUUGUAAAGUGUACAGCACCAGCGAUUACGGAGAAAGGCUCUGGGAAUCGCAUGACAGACAUAAUAAAUUGGUGCUAGAAGAGGCAUUGGAGUUGAGAAGAUUGGCGGACUCUAGUUUGGGUAAUAACCUGAAUGAUUAUUUCAACUACGGGUCAAACUCAGAAUACUUGGGGUUCGAAAUGGAGAAGUUGGCCCUCAGCCAACAAAUGAGAGACUUGUGUGAUAUCUCCGAGUACGUCAACACGACACCUAUAUUCCUCACUCAUGACUCUCCACUUCCUCUAGUGCAUUUGAUUUUUGAUCGCAUCGGGACUCGUACAGUCAUACUUCAACGUAACGGUAAGUAUUACGGCUUACUUCAUAAAAAGGCAUUCAUCGACUUCUGCAGACGAAGUGAGGAUUGA